CAGCACAAGCAAGCCGGCCGAUACACGCAGAUAUUUGUUUGUGCCGUGUUCCAAACAUUGUGAAGUGAUUUAGUUUCAUCUACGCGACGAGUAUAUUAAAUAAGAAUAUAAAAUGAAAUUCACGAUCGUUUUUACCACACUCUUGUGUAUAUCGACAUCAUGGGCCGUGCUGGCGAAGAAGGUGGAUGACCAUCAAGACAAGCGUGAGGCGCCCGUGGGAUACGGAUCCUCCGGCCUGUCAGCGCACAGCUACCACGCACCAUCCUUGGGACAGGGUGACGCCAGUGCUAUCAGCGUUGGCGCCGGCUACAGCAUUGGUGGUGCCAAGCCCUCCUACAGCUUCGGCGGACAAGGAUCAAGCGGAGCCCUGCAAUACUCUGCUGAAGGCUUAUCCCAAUUAUCCCCUAACAGCCAUGGCAGCAUUCAGCUACCUCCUAUUACUCUGCAACCCAGUCACGGAGCUGCUUUCGCCAGCGGAGAUCUCUCUCAGUUGAUGAGUCAGCUUUCCCAUAAUCUAAAUGCAGGAGGAAUAUCACUGCAGCCUUCCACAACCGUUGCUGAAUUUCACCAGGGAGUUGAUGGUCAAGCAGCUCAGGCAGUUCAAGGCGCCCAAGAUUACUCUUUCCCUCAAUUUUCGUACGGAGCUCCUAAACAACAGCAACAGCAGCAAUAUGUUUUGUCAGAGCAGUUGCAACAACAGUUAUCUAGCGCACCUUCAUAUUCCGCAGGCACCAAGGGCUUGGGAUCGUACUCUACUGGACCCGUUUUGUUCACACCUUCCGAGAGUCAGUCUAAUAACGCCCCUGCACCGUCCUAUGGAGCACCUAGCUCUGGACACUCUUUAGGUGAUGCAGGUUCCCUUUCUCUUGGUGGCAGCAGUCACUCACUAGGUGCACUUGGUCUUGGUGGAUCGUCACUUGGUUUUGGUGGAUCUUCACAUGGUUUUGGUGGAUCUCCGCAUGGUCUUAGUCUUGGUGGUGCUGGGCUUACUCUAGGUGGUAGUGGUCAUUCUUUCGGAGGCCAAUACAAACACUUAAGUGGAUACGCUGGUCCCAGUAAAUCUUCUUUCAAACCUUCUGCAUACUUAGGCUCAUCGGUACAAGGAGAAUCAGUUCUUGGACUAUCUAGCCAGGGUCCAUCUAGCCAUGGAUUCUCUGGUCAUGGUCUGUCUGGAAUCUCUGGAUCUUAUGGAGCUCCAUCUUUCGGCAGCUAUCGUGGUGCUAGUCAUGGUUCCUUGUCCCUUGGCUCUAGUGGUCACAGUUUUGGAGGAUCUCAGGGUUUUGGAAGCGGAUCAUCUAAAUUCAGUGCUCCAUCUUACCAAUCUGCUAAAGGUGAAGGUUUAGAGGGUGUCAGCGCCUUUUCAUCAGGACAUGUAGCUCCUCCUGGUACCACAUACGGCUUCCCUUCUUCCUCAUACUCAUCAAAUAACGCACACGCAGCUUCUUCCAACAAACCUUACUACGUCAGCGCAAAGCAUCAUCAACACUCUGCCCCAAGCUUUGGAGAAGGUGGUUUAUCGUACAGGUCACCAGCUUCCAGCCAUAGUGCUUUGAGCUCUUAUUCAUCUGGCCCUAAAUAUAGUUUAAGUAGUUCAAGCUCUCAUUAUGCACCAAAAGACGCAUACGGCGCUGCCAGUGAGACUUCAUACAACACUAUUAAGUACAGCGAGGAAUUAAAGCCGCGUGCUCAUUAAAUCGAGAUCUGCCGAAUAGUUUUGUGUAAAUAGUUGAUAGUUGACAGUAUUGUGUGAGGGUUGUGUAGGCGUGGUACGAAUGAUGGCAUGGUGUAUGUGAGCGAAAGUGUUGCUCUUGGUUUUAUUUAUUUGCCUACGUUCCGCUAAUUAGCUGUGCGACCACUUUGUUACUCACUGCGCGUACGUGUCGUGUUUUGGUUGUCUUGUCGGUGUGCUUUCUUUUCGGUAACAUGUGUAUAAUUUGUAUAAUCAAGUAGCUUGAUAUCUUUCAUCGCAGACAGCUGAGAAACUCGUGUUAUUAGAAAUAAUAAUAUCGAAUCAUGAUGUGCAUCUAAUCUAAAUAAGAGCCCGCUUGAAAGUUGUGUGUAGCGACGUGAAUUUCUGUAAAUAUAGUAAAUAGUUAAGGUUGCCUAUUUAUUAUUUUAUAAUGUAGUUUUAUGGUUGUUAUUGUUAUAAUAAA